GUGUGCCUCAUUCCCUUUGUCUCUUCGCUUCUCCGCGGCGCUCGGCGCCACCCUCGCGCCGCCAUGGGCACGGCCGCUUCGCGCUUCGGCGGGUCCCGCGGGCGGCUGCUGGCGCUGCUGGGGGACUCGACCAUCGACAACGGGCGGUGGGUGGCACAGGGCGAGCCCUCGGUGACGGACCAGGUGAGCGCGCUGGAGCCGUGCGUCAUGUGCGCCAGGGAUGGUGCCAUGAUCGCCGCCAUCGCGGGCCAGCUGCCGACCGCGCCGGCGGAAGCCACCCACUUCGUGGUGUCCGUCGGGGGCAACGACGCCACCGGGGCGACCACGACGGUGCUGGGUGGGCAGGUGAACUCGGCGGAGGAGGCGCUCUGCCGGCUGCACACCUUCGCGCAGGCCUUUGAGGUGGAGUUCGCAGCAGCGAUGCAGCAUGUUGUGCGCUCCAUCGGUGACCGGCACCUGGUGAUUUGCUCCUGCUACAACCCCUGCUUCGCGCCCUUCGACGUGCAGACCGUUCAACAAGGGCCGGCGAACCUGGCCAUGGCGCUGCUGGCGGAUGCGGUGCUGCGUGUGGCCACGCGCCUGCGAGUGCCGGUGAUCGACCUGCGCCGGGUGAUGACGGAGGUCGAGGACUUCGCCAAUCCCAUCGAGCCCAGCAGCCGCGGCGGCUUGAAGAUCGCCCAGGCCAUCGUUGAGGUGGUAAGGCACCACGACUUCACUGCCGGCACCGCAGUGUACCCACGAGACUACCCCGAGUCGGAGCUUGUGAGGUUGGCGAUGCCCAGUGCUCAGCAGCUGGCCAACAAGGGCAGCUCGGCAGCCAAGAGAUGCUGCCAUCCCGAGGUCUGUUGCUACCGAUUCAUUUGGCGGACGCUGGCGACUCUGUACAGUUUUGAUACCUGCCAGCAGGAGACAGGUGGCAGCUGCCACCUCUUUGGCUGUGAGGACUGGCGAAAUGCGCAGUGCGUCCAGGGCAAGUGCAUGUGCCGCCCGGAUGAGUGCGUGGUGAUGGGCGAAUGUCUGCCGCAGAGUCGAGCAGACGUGGAAGGCGCGCCGGCCGCGGCGAGCCGUGGGAACUUCACGGCUUUGGUCCUGUCCGGCGGCGGUGCCAAGGGCGCCUUUGAGCUGGGCGUCCUGGAGGGGAUUUGCAAGAACGAGUCCCUGCGCCACCUGAGGAACUGGUCCAUGAUCGUGGGCACCAGCAUCGGCGCUUUGAACGCCGGGGCGCUCGCCCAGUUCCCGCCCCAUCUGCAGUGCACCCAGCGACCGGCGAUGACGACGAAGACGGGCGCCACGGAGCUGAAGGAGGUGCCGCCCGGGCCGCCGCUGCCGCUGGCGCUGGCAGGCGCGGUGAUCCAGCUGUCGGUGAUGCACUACGUCUGGUCCACCACUUCGGCGGGGGAAUGUCUGCACGCGCCUUUGAGCUGCUUGCUGCAUCCCUUCCAGGCGGACGCCUGGGGCCGCACGGUGAUCUUCGUGGACUUGUUGGCCCUUUCCACCUGGGCGUAUUCCCUGCACAGCGUGCCGCACACGGGCACCUCUGACCCCUCCAUCGUGGACCGCCUCUGGUCGAUCAUGCCCUGGCUCUACACCUGGCACUGGUUCCUCUCCUCCUGCUGGUCUGGCCAAGCGAACGGCCGGCUCUUGCUGAUGGCGUUGCUCGCGACGAUGUGGGGUGUGCGGCUGACGUACAACUUCUACAUCAAGGGAGGCUUCAGCGGCGGAGAGGACUACCGCUGGGCCGUGGUGAGGCGGUGGUAUCCCGGGUGGCAAUGGGAGGUCUUCAACCUCGUCUUCAUUUGCUGCUUCCAGCAGGUGGCGGUCAUGGCCUUCACCGUGCCCGCCGUGGCGGCACUGCAGUCCACCGCGCCCCUGCAGGUCGCGGACUUGCUGAGCGCGGCGCUCUUCGUGGCCCUUUUCAUCGGUGAGACGGUGGCGGAUAAGCAGAUGUUCGAGUUCCAGACCGAGAAGUACCGUCGCAAGGCUGCCGGUGAGCCGCUGAAGGAGUACACGGACGGCUUCAUCCAGUCGGGUCUGUGGGCGUACAGUCGCCAUCCCAACUACUUCUGCGAGGUGUCCAUGUGGUGGGUUUUCUACCUCUUCAGCAUCCCGGCCUCGGGGAAGGUGUUCAACUGGACCAUUUGGGGCGCCAUCUUCCUCUCCGGGCUCUUCGUGAUCCCCGGGGCCUCGUUGGACAUCACCGAAGCGCUGUCCACCAGCAAGUACCCGGAGUACGCCAAGUACCAGCAGCGCGUCUCCAAGUUCUUCCCGCUGCCAUCGGCUUCCGCUUCCGCCCGCGCGCCUCAGCUGGCGACGGCGAAGGCUCAGCCCUUGCUUGCCGAAGCGUAG